AUGUCUGCCGACCAUCAACGAUAUAUUUAUUCUAAUCCUCAAGGAGGAUCAACAACCUCUUAUGAGUAUCAAGCAUAUCCUACCCAAGCUUACGUGUCGGUACCACCUCCUCAGGCCCCUCCCCGGCCGAUACGCUCUCCCAUCACUCAGUUUCAUUCGCAACACCACCAAACAGCGUUUACGGCAUCGUCUUCAUAUACACCACAAGCGUCUUAUCCACCCGCUCCAUCCUAUACUCUUCCUCAGUCACAGCCUCAAUGGCAGCCUGAAAACUGGUCCCCUCAAUUCGGUACCUUCCAACCCCCAUCCAUCACGGCAGACGUGACGUACGCUCCAAAUGCAGCCCGCCCGGAGUCAGUCUCUCAAACCACCCAUACAGAGGCAAGAUCGUAUGCCGCUGGUCCAUCUAAUCCACCACUUGUUGAGAAUCGCCGCCCAGAAGAACGCUAUCCUCCAGCUCCUGGGUCGGCUCAUGCAUCGCCCGUUCAGAAGAGCAAGAGGCGGGACAAGGAGUCACCAAUGGUAGAGUCCUAUGGUAUGAUACUUGAGGGUACCAAAUCCCUGGCGUCCGCGGGGGUUCCGGUGCGGCUGCCACCGCCUGAAACCAUGGAACGUAUGAUCCAGUCCGCGAACUACGGAAGACAGAUGUUGCAAUCAGCAGUUGCGCAGUCAAACCCUGACACGAGGCCGUCUACUGGCGGCAGCGACAAAGAAAUCCCGGCUAUAAAGCGGCAGAAGGCCGAGGAACAUGCUCAGGAAGGACAGACUUGCCUUGGUUGCAACGCAACCUCGACCCCUGAGUGGAGGCGUGGCCCCCUAGGCCCUCGAACCUUGUGCAACGCCUGUGGCCUCGUGUAUGCUAAACUUCUGAAAAAGCGGGCACGAGGGGAACGGUCCCGCGGGGGCAAUAACAAAAAUGCAGGAUCACACAACACCAUGGAGGAUUCUGUCAUUGCAUCCAGUGGAGGAAGUGACGACGAUGAUUCUUACGGGUCACAAGAUCGUGACAUGGGUGAUCAUAUACGGAGGGGAUGA